AUGCUAGUCAUUUUAUGGCUUAUAAUACGCGAGUUUCUUCUUGGAGUGUAUCAUUCUUUGACGGGUUUAACUUUAAUUUUUAAAUUGGAUAGAGAUGUAAAGCAUAUUAUUGUAAAUGCCGCUGCUGCAGAUAAACCCGAUAGGUUCAGUGUACUUGCUCAAAGAAGAACGAUAAAUGGUGUGGUGGAAAGACCUGCUGAACCCAUUGUCAGAUAUAAUGUGCCUGCUUGGAUGAGAAUUUUAUAUUGUAUCCUGGGCAACAUGCUGUGCAUGUUUGUUUUCUGGAUAUUCUCCGGUUCCUGUAGCUUCUUCAUCAGUCUUUUCUUCGAGAAAUCUGAAAUACUGGUGGAAGCUACAACUAGUCUUCUGGUCUUUCCUAUUUUUCUAAUUCUCCGAGUUCUCAUGAUUUUAUGGUUCUCUGACAUUGCAAGUGCAUGUAAUCGCACUCUAAGAAUGCCUGAAGGAAGGCCUAUUGAUAUAAGAACCGCAAUAGCCGACUUGGGAUUCUCCGCUGUACUUGGUUUCGUGUUUCUCUUCCAAGCGAUCUUGGUUGGUUACAUACUCUUGCCAAUACCCGGAUUGUCAUCUUUUAUCAAAUUCAUUCACAUGUCCUUGUUGAAUGCUAUGUACAGUUUUGAAUAUUUUUGGACGUCUAGAGGUUUUAGUCUAAGCGAGAGGCUCCACCGCUUACAUUCUAGUUGGCCCUAUUAUGUAGGAUUUGGCUCUCUGCUCACAUUAGCUACGAGUUUUACUGGUAAUUUCAUAUUUGACGGAUGUUUAUUUGGUGCCUUAUUCCCAUUCACUAUCAUCAGUUCAUAUCAGAAUGGAACAAACGUAACUCCAAUUUGGUCAGUUCUAUUCCGCCAAUCCAGAUGUUGUAUCCAUCGAAAGUUGUGA